GUACAGAGCACUCUGUUCUCUCUCUCCCUCUUAACAUUGUCCAAAAAAAAUUAAAAAUCAAAACUUUUUUUUUUUAGUUGCUGUAGUUAAUCAAAAAUCUUGGGUUCUUCUAAAAAGGAAAACCCUUGUCUUUAAGACUCAUCAUCACUGUGCUCUCUCUUCUCACUCAGAGGAGGGUAAAAGCUCUAACCUUUUAUCUCUCUGUAAUGGGUGGUUUAAUCGAUCUGAACGUGACGGAGGAGGAAGACGAGACGGUCUCUUCGGCUUCUGGGUCGCUCUCUCCUUCUAAUUCGUCUUCCUCAGCGGCGUUUGGUUUUGGUGUGAGUGGGUCUUCGAGUUCGUCUGGGUUUUGUCUGGAGCUGUGGCACGCUUGUGCUGGACCACUCAUCUCUCUCCCGAAAAGGGGAAGCCUUGUUUUGUAUUUCCCUCAGGGACAUUUGGAACAACAAGCCCCUGCCGCGGUUUACGGCCUUCCUCCUCCUCCUCCUCACGUGUUUUGUCGUAUUCUUGAUCUCAAGCUUCACGCAGAGACAGAUACUGAUGAAGUCUAUGCUCAAGUCUCUCUUCUUCCUGAGUCUGAGGACAUUGAGAGGAAAGUGCGUGAGGGAGCUGUGGAUGUUGAUGGUGGAGAUCAGGAAGAUUAUGAAGUGCUUAAGAGGUCUAAUACUCCUCCUCACAUGUUCUGCAAAACCCUCACUGCUUCUGAUACAAGCACCCAUGGUGGCUUCUCUGUUCCUCGCCGUGCUGCCGAGGAUUGCUUCCCUCCUCUGGACUAUAGCCAGCCACGGCCAUCUCAGGAGCUUCUUGCCAGGGAUCUUCAUGGCCUUGAGUGGCGUUUUCGCCACAUUUAUCGAGGGCAACCUAGGAGGCAUUUGCUCACUACAGGGUGGAGUGCGUUUGUGAACAAGAAGAAGCUUGUCUCUGGAGAUGCUGUGCUUUUCCUCCGAGGUGAUGAUGGCAAACUGCGUUUGGGAGUUAGAAGAGCUGCUCAUAUUGAAGCCGCUUCUGCUUUCUCCACACAGUAUAAUCAGAAUAUGAAUCACAACAACUUCUCUCAAGUAGCUCAUGCCAUAUCCACCAAUACCGCCUUCAACAUUUACUACAACCCCAAGGGAAGCUGGUCAAACUUCAUAGUCCCUGCAAAGAAGUUCUUGAAGAUUGUUGACUAUCCCUUUUGUAUCGGUAUGAGAUUCAAAGCCAGGGUUGAGUCUGAAGAUGCCUCUGACAGAAGAUCCGCUGGGAUUAUAACUGGAAUCAGCGACAUGGAUCCUAUCAGGUGGCCUGGUUCUAAAUGGAGAUGCCUUUUGGUAAGGUGGGACGACAGUGAGGCAAACAGGCAUCAACAGCGCGUGUCACCAUGGGAGAUUGAGCCAUCUGGUUCAGUCUCCAAUUCAGGCAGCUUCAUAACAACAGGUCCUAAAAGAAGCAGGAUAGGCUUUUCUGAUAUUCCUGUCUCUGAGGGGAUCAACGCCACAGACUUGGAGGAAUCUCUAAGAUUCCAGAGGGUCUUGCAAGGUCAAGAAAAAUUUCCGGGUUUCAUCAACACCUCUUCGGAUGGUGGAGGAGCAGGGGCCAGGAGAGGCCGGUUCAAAGGAACGACUGAGUUCGGUGACUCUCAUAGGUUCCAUAAGGUCUUUCAAGGUCAAGAAACAGUUCCAGCCUACUCAAUGACCCCUCCUCAUCAGCAGCAGCAGCAGGGGUUGAGCCAGAGGAACGCAUGGUGCGGCGGCCCGUUCCAGAACUUUAGUAGCCGUGUCCUACCGUCAUCAUCAGUCCACGUGUCAUCAUCACCUUCUUCUGUCUUGAUAACCAGCUCGAAUGGUCUCAACGAGGGUCUGGAAGAACAUCACGGCGGAGGUUCAGGCAGGUGCAGGCUAUUUGGUUUCCCACUGAGGGAUGAUGAUGAGCCCACUGCGAUGGUUGGCCCUUGCGUUGAAGGGCAAAAAGGUGUUUCUGAUGUUCAAAGCAGUCAUCAUCGUCUUCAUUCACAGGGGAGGGACAUGUAUGGCAUGAGAGAUAUGUUGCUAGACAUUGCUCUCUAGUGGUUUUUUAUGUGCGUUUGUUUGCUUGUGGUUUAAGUAAGUUGAUUUAUUUUGAAGAUGACGUGCUAGCUGAACUUUCGGAUGUCACAAGUUGAUGACUUUUGUAAUAUUGGUCGCUUCGUUGUAGGGUUGUUUUUAGGAUUAGGUUGGAGUUACAAGAAAAAGAGUAUUUUCUUUGUUUUUUAUGUGUGGGUCAUGCAUCAACUAUUAAGAACAAUUGGAUGUAUCUUUUUCUCUAAGUUAUGUUUUAUCCUUUUGUUGGUUAUGACC